UUCUAUCUAUUGUCAGCCGGCGACUUUGUUCCGCCACGCUAAAAGAGCCCCCCUCUUUCUAAAACUCCAAACCCAAACAAAAAUCAGCCGCGAGAGGCCUGUCUCAUUCGUGUUCAAACAUGUUUUGCAUCGAAAAGAGGGAACAUCGCGCGGAACCGCACAAGCAACACCUUCGAUUCUGACAGCCUCAACUUCAAAACUUGCCUCCCGCUGUCACACAGUUGCAAUGCAGCGGUUUGUUUUGAUACAUUGCCGGAUCGUAGGAGGCUCGCGACGCGCGAUGAUGUGUAUUGCGUCAUACUUUAAUGUGACUUGAUUUUUUGUUUUCUUCUUGCAGCAGGCGACGGCGGCAGUGACAACGAACCUUUUUGGCGAUUUUGAAGGGAUUUUUGCGGAAAGAUGGUCGAUUCUCAGGAUUUGAAUGUCGCUUAUGAGGAAGAGGUCAACAGUGACGAGGAGAUGUUCCCGGACGGAUCGGUAGGUUCAGCGUUCCAGAUUUCUCAACCAAAGCUAACGGAACUCCUCUUCCAGCAACCGCAGUACGGUGAGCUGAAGGACUUGGACAGCCAGACUAUGCAGCUGUUCAACAGUCAGACCUACGCGGAUGACGCAAGCCGUAUAUUGAAGUCGGAUGAUUUUGCUGGAGCUUCGCAAGAGAUAGAGCUGGCCAGCUCGCUGAAGGGCUUCGAGGAUCUGGCUCCUGGGGAAUCGGUUGAGCUGGACGUGUACGCGUCACACAUUGAUCCACCAACGUCCACUACGUUGCAUCACUUGAAGCAGUUUCCAUCGCUGGAGGUCAUGGUGCAGCCGUGGAUCAACUUCCGGGUGAAUCUACCGAGUGACGCCAGCGACAAAACGAGCUGGAUGUACUCGGACAAGCUGCAGAAGCUGUUUGUGAAGAUGGGCAAUACCUGCACGUUCAACGUGCAGCUGAUGGCGUCUCCGGAAGUUACGACGGUGGUCCGAGCCAUGGUGGUUUGCUCUUCGCCAGAGGAUCAACAUCACCCGGUGUCGCGGUGCGACAAUCAUCGGUGCAGCGAUAACCAGGAUAUCCCUGACGACAUUAAAAUGCACGUAAUACGAUGCAAAAACGAACAAGUCAGCUACGUUGGUACCAAAGACGGAAAGGUGUUCGAGGAACGGCUUGCCAUUCUGGUCCCGAUGGAACACACAAAUCGAGCCGGCAUCACGCUGGAGUUUGUCUGCCAGAACUCGUGCCGGAACAUCAAUCGCCGUGCCACUGCGCUGGUUUUCACACUGGAAGAUCAAACUGGCCGGAUUCUCGGACGUCAGAUGUUCCAAAUCAAAAUCUGCACCAACAUCAAGCGUGACAAGCUAAACGAGGAGAACGCCGUGAAGGAGGAAGCGACGAGCCGGAAACGGAAAGCCGAGCGGCCGUACGAGGUCAAGAAGGGAAAGAAACUCAUGCGUCAGAGCUCGCUCGUCCAGGUCAAGGACGAGUUCGGAGGUCCACGGCGGUGCGAGAUCGACCCGGUCGUGGUGCAGGUUACCCUUCCGAACCGGCGGAUGGCCAAACGGAUGCUGGAAAACGCAAUCGGCCAGGUGUCGACGGCCAUCGUGCGGUCUUCGACGGACUUGGAGCGCAACCAGCUGAUGCAGUACGUUCACGACAUUCGGCGGAACAAAUCUUCGUUCGGGUUGCCCAACAGCCAAAGCAGCGUGGAUAGCGAUUAGGGAGAGCAUGACAAAAACCAUCUAUAUUUACAAAGUUAUCUGUUAGCACUACUUAGUAGAUUUAAGUAAAAAGUUUAUUUGUAAGUUUGUAUUAUUACCUGAUCUAAACAAAGUUAUUUAAAAAAAAAGAACAAAACCAUUUUAAACAAAUACAAAACAAAAUUUUAACUAAAAGACAUAA